AUGAAAUCAAAGGAGUCCGUCAUCAAGACUCUGGAAAAUUGUGCCGUGCAGGCUGUAAGCGUCUUGUCUUCAAUCGUCGAGAAGGAUGCUGAUGCCAACAUUGACGACUCCUACGAGGAACUGAAGGCAAGCAAACAUCCUGUUUAUGACAACAGCUUGUUUCGAAAUACAAGUUCAUUGCUAAGCACAUCAGAAGAUGAGCCGGCUAGCGAAGAAGAAAAGGCCUUUGUAAAAAGACUAGUGGCCCAAAUCGACCUGGCAUCAUUUGCAUACCAUAUUUCGCGAAACAAAGAGUAUCAAACAUGCGUCAAUGCUUACUUUCAACGAGCCGUACCUUCUUUCAAUAAAUACACCAAGAAUGAGAUCCAGUUGUUUUUGUGCCUACGUCUGUUUCUUUUGCGACGAGAUAUGAAUGGGGACCCGGAUGCCAACAGAACAGAUCUUAUCAACAAGCACUUUCCCAAGAAGCCCAAGACUUACUUUUUUAAUGAUGAAUUCAGCGAGAAGGAAGCAGGAAGACGUCAAAUCAUAAUGGCUGUCAAUAUAGUCUCAGAUUUUCUCUGCAGUAAAGCAAGUGAUUUGGACAAGGAGGUCAGAUUUGGCGCUGUUGUGAUGGUCGAGAAGUUUUUGCAUGAGUAUAUUCAGUAUAGAAUGGAUGAGAACUUUGACUGUGAGCCAGAUCGAGAGAUCGAGCAGGAAUUCCCGGAAACCGAGGAUGAGAUGAAGGCUCUGGUGUACGAGAUAUUCAACGAAGAUUUUAUCGACAAGCUCAAUGAUGAAAUGUCUACAAACAAUAGCGAUGCAGAGCCAUAUGCUGCUGAAGAGGAUAGCGAGGUGGAUGAGGAGGACAGUGAUUCAGAAAAUGGCGACAGUGAGAGUGAAUCUGACAAGAGCUCAUCUACAUUAUCCACGAAUAAUGAUAGCGACACCGAAAUUCCUGCGAAUUUACCAGUAAACGAAGAUGGUGAGGAAGACGAGCUACCAGACGAGGAGGAGGAAGAAAGUACUAGUAAGAGCAGAGCAACCACCUCUCGUCAUCGCAUCACUGAUGAACAGCCAGGUGCUCGUGCAGUAACUGCCCAAGAAGCAGACUUUUCAGAUGACACAGGCGUUGGUCCAUCAAGGCGCUCUUCUAAUGCCUCUACAAGUUACAGCAAUACCACUAAAUCUCGACGUCGACGACGAUUACCUCACUCAAGUGAACAAAGCUUAAGGAAGAGAAGAGCUCUUGCAGACAGAGGUCAUAUAUCACCAGUGUCAGGCGGCAGUACAGACGAUACAUCCGUGAAUGAACACGUAGAACAAGAAGAGACUCCUCCUCUUCCUCCUCCUCCUCUUAAAUUUCAUAUAUGCGAUGAUGGCAGAGCCAGAGUGGUCCCCCCUGUUCCCAAGAUAAGAGAGAAGGCACAGAGAUGGACGGAAGAGGAGGUUCAGGCUUUGGAGGAAGGGCUGAGAUAUUACAAGAGAAAUGCAUGGUCAAGCAUUCACAAGAUGUUCAAGGAUGUGCUCGGCUCACAUAAACCAACUCAAUUAAAAGACAAAGCCAAAAACGAGGUUAAAAGAAGACAGAGUCAUGGCAUUCCUCUGGAAGGUUUCCAGUAUUUCCUUAAUCCUCAAAAAUGA